AUGACUCAAGUGAUUAAAUCGACUCAUUCACUUGUCCCAGUGUCAAUCAAUGCAAUCGGCAUUGACGUCGUUACGGAUGCUGUGAUCGAGAUCGAUGCUCUCUGUGAAGAGCUAAGAAAAGCAUCUGCAGUGAAAAUACGAGACGAUGAGGAAUUGUUCGCCUCGCGGGCACUCCAUACAAACACAUUCGUAGUUUUGACCGAUCCGUUCGUUCCGCAAUAUCGGACCGAUGGGAACGCUGGUACGAUUGCUCAAUGGAUAGCAGCCCCAUUUCUCUAUGCCAGAAAGUAG